GAAAGAGUUCUUGAUCCAUUUUCUGAAAGAAUUAGUGAAAUAACUCGUGAAAGAGUUCUUGGAGUUGUAGGAGAACACAUAGAUUGUCACAAAAACUGCCAUAAGUAUGUGGAUGAUCUAAAAAAAAGAGUGGGAGACUUAAAACGUAAGAGAAGUGAUAAAGAAGCAAAACUAAGAGUAGUGGAUCUCUCAGAAAAAAUGGUCAGAGAAGAAGUGCAGGAAUGGCUUGAAGAUGCAAGGAAGGUCAUUGAAAUUGAAAUGCCAGAUAUUGAAGAACAGGUGCAGAAUGUUUCGAACUUGUCACGUGGUAACCUUGGAAGACGUGUCCAUCAAAAGAUUCAAGAUGUGAGGGAAAUUUAUGAUCGAGGUAGUUUCCCUGAAGGUCUUGUAAUUGAAAGGCCCCCACUUGUUGGAACCAGUUUGCCAAUAGAGAAUUUGGUGGGCGAGGUUGGUCUGAAGGAAACAAUUUGGGAAUACCUGAGGAGUCGCGAAGUUGGAAUGAUUGGAGUUUGUGGAAUUGGUGGAGUCGGCAAGACCACUGUUAUGAAACAUAUCAAUAAUAAAUUACCGAAUGAACCUAUUGGGUUUACAAAGAUUAUUUGGGUUACAGUAUCACAGUCACUCAGUGUUGUAAAAUUACAAAAUGACAUUGCUAGAAAAAUGGACAGAAGUCUUCCAAAAGAUGGUGAUGAAUUGGAGCAGGCAUCUAGAUUGAUGGAGAUUAUGAAAACAGAGAAAUUUGCAUUGAUCUUAGAUGAUGUGUGGGAUAAAUUUACUCUUCACAGAGUUGGAAUACCAGAACCAACAAUAGAAAAUGGGUGCAAAAUUGUUAUUACUAGUAGAACAGUUGAUGUAUGCAACUACUUGAGAUGUCAGAUAGUAAAGGUGCCUCCUCUUCCACAGCAAGAGUCUUUGAACUUGUUUUUAGAUAAGGUUGGACACGACAUUCUACUAAUUCCUACUUUGGAAAAUAUUUUGAAGCAUAUGGUGGCAGAAUGCGCUGGUUUGCCAUUGGCCAUUGUCGUCAUUGCUGGGAGCAUGAGAGGCGUAAGAGAUAUUCGUGAGUGGAGAAGUGCAUUACGUCAAUUGCGUCGCUGUGUGGUGGGUACAGAGAAAGAUUCAGAAGAUGAGAUAUUUAAACGUUUGAAGUUUAGUUAUGACCGUCUAACAAAUUCAAGCAUCCAAGAAUGUUUCUUAUAUUGCUCAUUGUAUCCGGAAGGUUCGGUGAUUCAAAGAGCAAAUCUAAUUGAAGGCUGGAUUUGUGAGGGACUUGUUGAAAAAUUAGGGAGCAGAAGAGAAAUGCAUGAUAGAGGACAUGAAAUUUUAAAUAGGCUUGAAAACAAUUGUUUGUUAGAGGAAGGUGAUGACGGAUAUGGAGAAGGUGUUAAGAUGCAUGAUGUUGUGAGGGACAUGGCAUUGCGUGUUAAGAGCACCGGUCCAAGUAAGUUCAUGGUGAAAGCUAAAAUGAGAUUGACAGAGAUACCAGAGAAGGAUGAAUGGACUGAAGAUCUAGACAAGGUUUCCCUUAUGGACAAUGAAAUAUCAUAUAUCCCUAUAAAUAUGUUCCCCAAAUGCUUGAUGCUCUCAACCUUAAUUUUGAAGGGUAACGCAAAAUUGAAGCAAAUUCCAAAGUGUUUUCUAGCAAACAUGCCCCUACUGAAGUUUCUUGAUCUUUCUUAUACUGGCAUUAAGGCUCUACCUAAUUCCAUCUGUAGCUUAAAAAAUCUUACAGCACUGAUUCUCCAUGCUUGUGAGAGUUUAAAACGUAUGCCUUCCUUGUCAAAGCUUAAAGCACUGAAGAAGUUGGAUUUGGCUGAAGCGGGCUUUUGUGUGGCUCCUGAAGGCAUUGAAAUGUUAGAAAAUCUAGAAAAUCUAGAAUAUCUUGAUUUAUCUGCUCCAAAGCUGAAGGUACCAAGAGGAAAAAUCAGUAAGCUCUUUCGCCUCCAAUACCUACGUAAAAAUCCAAUUUUUUCAACUGAUAUAAGAGCAGAAGAAGUAGCAAGAUUGAAGAUGCUGGAAUGUUUUGAAGGUAUAUUUGAUCAGCUGAAGGACCUCAGCAGUUUUGUUAGCGAGUUGAACCAUUUUGGAAGACCCAAGAAUUACUUGCUCGAUGUGGGACUGGAGACUGACCUCGAAGAAGGGGAGUAAUAUAGCCAUACUAUACCAGGCCAGCUCUACCUCAAAGCCAAACGAGUGCGUGUGUGUGACUUCAAAUUAGCUAGCUGGUCUGAAAGAGUACAGGAAUGUUAUGAACACAGUCGUUGAUUAUGGUGUUCAGAGAUUGACAUUUAUGCCCUGUCCCGCCCAGAUGCCUCAUUAGCAGCAUCUCUUCAAUGGCCAUGGUGUUGAAUUGCUUUGGAAGGUGAUUCAACAUAUAUAUAGUAGCUCUAGAAAUGAGUUCUCUAGGGAUCAAUUAUGAUUUUUAUUUUUUUGAAAACGAAGUAUAUAGUUAUGUUUUGUAGGUCAAAUGUUAUUAUGGAUUACGAAUGAUGAGAUUCAUGAGAAUCCGUGGAGUUUGGACCCCUGUUACUCUGUACACGAAACAAAUGUACAGCAAGGAAAAUGUUCAAUCCCCUUGUAGAUGUCAGAGAAGGAAAGUGGAAGCCAACUGCAAGGUUGCAAGUAAGCGUCAUCAAUCGAACUUUCAUAUAGUACUUGCUGUUCUUGUUCAUUUUCUGUUCAUAAUUUGCAUGUUUUUCUUAUCUAGUAAUUACAAUGUUUCUUCAAUCCUUCAUAUGGAUUCAUAUGUACAUAUUUAAACUUUCAUGCUCCAUUAUUUUUUGCACUUAUCUAAUGCUUCCUUGCUUAAAUUAGAGGCACCUUAGACAAAUUAAAUUAUCACCUAGCAUCAUUUUUCCUGUGACCAAGCCAAGAUAAAGGUUCAAAUCAAGAGACUUAAGCAUCUUCAGGCUUGCAUUAGGACUUAAUUGAGAGACACACAUCCUGUCAUUUUGUUUAGUUGCCAUUACAUAAUGGAUUGAACAUUAAAAAAUUGUUGAUAUUGUUUUGUGUUGUGGAAUUAAGAGGCUUGAAUGUUGCUGUUGAAAAUAAAAUCGCUAUUGUUUU